GCCGUGGCGCCCCCUUGCGUGGCUCUUCGGUCGCAGAGUCGCGUGACUUCAAUCCCCGGUUCGCAAGGCCACGAGGCUGGGUCGUCAUGGUCCGGACCCCAUUGUCGGCCUCUGCCCGUCGCCUGCUCCUCCCAGGCUCCUGCGGCCGACCCCAGUGCCAUAUGCAGCCCACAGGCCACGAGGGUUCCCGCGCGCUCAGCCGGCGGCAUCUGCGGCGUCUGCUGCUCCUGCUAUUGCUGUUGCUGCUGCGGCAGCCCGUAACCCGCGGGGAGACCACACCCGGCGCCCCCAGAGCCCUCUCCACGCUGGGCUCCCCCGGCCCCUUCACCACGCCGGGCGUCCCCAGCGCCCUCACUAUGCCAGGCCUCACUACUCCAGGCACCACCAAAACCCUGGACCUUUGGAGUCGCGCGCAGGCCCUGAUGAGGGAUUUCCCCCUCGUGGACGGCCACAAUGACCUGCCCCAGGUCCUGAGACAGCGUUACAAGAAUGUGCUUCAGGAUGUUAACCUGCGAAAUUUCAGUCACGGUCAGACCAGCCUGGACAGGCUUCGAGACGGCCUCGUGGGUGCCCAGGAGAGGCUGCGGCUAGAGGGCCCAGGGCUGGGACGGGACCUUCGCGGGGGUCCGGUUUCCAGGGUCGCGGAGAAGUUGGAUGCAGACGCUGGAAAUGGGAAGGAGGGCGCAGAGCAAGGACACCCCGCGACCCAUCUCACAGAACCCUAA